AUGCAUGUUACUCCCUCCCCGCUGCACGCUGGGCCCCCUCCUCUACCCCCAAACCCACAAAACGCCACACAAAACCCACCCCAUAUCAAUAUCUAUCCUACGUCUUACCGAAACCAAACCAGACGAAACAUCAAAAUCCGUCAUUUUAUCACAUACCACAAGCCCUCAGUCAUGGACAACGCACGCGGUACAGCCCUGGUUAUCUGCGAUAAAUUCCCAUCCACCGAACACGACCUCCCACAAAACCUUGCACACCUAGAAGUGAUUGCCGCAAACGUCCUAAUCGCCCAAACUUCACUCACUGUAAUCUGCCACUACAAUCCGCCAACCGAAAAAAUAUCCUCCCGCUUAUUACAAUACGUCUCACAACUCCCCAAUGCCAUUCUAAGCGGCGACCUCAACUGCAGACAUACGGACUUCGGCUAUAACUCCACAAACUCCAACGGCAGGAAACUAGUAAACCAUCUAAUCAACCACCCCAUCAUUCGUCUCGAAAACAGACAACCCACCCUAAUUAAUCAUCACGGAACAACGGUCACUUCAGACCACUUACCCCUAACAGCCCAACUCCUAUUACCAGCUUCACCACCAAUUCCGACCUACAUAACCAUCCACGACAACAAACACGCCGACUGGGCAAAAUACCAGAGACACAUUACCGAAAACUUGCCAGUAAUAAAUAGAACGCGCGACACCAACGAGAUCGACCAUCAAAUAACACACCUCACCAACACAAUUUUAGCCGCGAAAGAACUAGCCAUACCUCUCAAACGUAUCCCGAAAAACAAAAGAACAUUGCCUGCGCGCAUCCUAAAUUUAAUAAAACAGAAGCGACAAAUUUACAGAGAAAUCCCGCGAACCCGUAAUCCUCAAUUAAAACCCAUUUUCAACCGACUAAAUGCCCAAAACAGACGCGCUAUUAAUCAAUACCGGGAAAGCCAGUGGUCCAACACUUGCGAAAAAUUAGACUACCGUGACGGUAAAAAAUUUUGGGACAAAUUCAAAACCAUGAAAGGACAAAAAACACAAACAACAACACAUCUACUCCAAAAGGGAUCCUUCCUCUCCACUCCCGAAGAAAAGAGCAACGCCUUCGCUCAAACACUUCAAGAAAUACACGAAAUUCCCCAAGACCCAAACUUCGAUCAUGACUUUUUCGACCUCGUCUCCCACAAAGUGCAAGAGUUCCGCGAACAACCCUUUCAUCCCCUAGCCCUCCUUAACAUGCAUGUACCCGACAAUGACAACGACUUGACAAAUGAAAUUCCUAGCCACGAAGUUGAAUCCUGA